AAACAAAUAAGUUAUUGACACGAAAAAUUAUAAUUUUAUUAAUAAUUUUACAAGUAUUGUGAUAUAUUUCGAAUUAUGUAUUAAUAUAGUAAUAUGUGUAACAGUUGUCACGAUUACGUCACAAGUUGUAUGUUAGUUUGUUUAUGAAUGGUUGGAAAAGCUUAUAUCAAGAGAUUUACUUAAUAUUUUAAUGUAUAUCAGUACAAGGAUGUAAAAUGGGAAAAACUACUCAAAAGUCAAAAGAAAGUGAAUCAAAUGCCAUUAUCAGUAAACAAUUUCACAAAACAAAGCAUAAACAAUUGAUUAAAAAGACUAUUUCUCAAGAAACAAGUGCCAUUUAUAAAAGCAAAUUGCGUAGAGAAACUAUUAAAAGGAGAAAUACUGCUUUUGUGAGAAAUUGUAAACAGUUAAUAUCUGAAGAGAAAUUACAAGAAAGAUCUAAGGACGAGAAAGCAUUGUAUGAUGGCAACAGUAAAAAACAAGCUAAUUUGAAAAAUCCUAAAAGUUUAAAACUUUUACCUCAGACGUAUAAAAAUGAAAACUUGCAAAAAUCUGCUAUUAACCUCAGAAAUUCUGUCCUUCCAAAAAAGCAAAAACAAUCAACAUCACAAACAUCUUUACAGGAGAUAAGUCAUAAAAUUUCUGGUAAUGAAUAUACUUUUGAUCAAGAUAAGUUUCUAAAAGUAAAAUUAAAUAGAUUAAAACUUGAUACUAAAACUAAAAAAGCUAUUUCACAAUAUACAAAUUUACCUAAAAUUGAUAAUUUUAAAAAUAAUAAUAAUUCAACAAUUCUCAAAGAUGUACAAGUUGUUUGUAAGAAAUUAGACUUACAUAUGUGUAAAAAUCAUGUAUUAAAUUGUGAGACUAAACCUAUACAUCAGAAUUUAUUUGUUGUUUGUGAGAAAAUAGAUCCUAACAACUACCUAAGUUCAAAGAACAAAUCUAAAGAUCAAGAUUUAUUAGUUGAAUGUAAAAAACCAUUUAAAAAAAAAUAUGCAUCAGAUGUAAAGACUGAACUUAAAGAUCUGCAGUUAUCAGUUGUAUGUGAGAAAUUAAACCCAAAAAAUUAUAUGUUGAGCUCAAUUAUUGAAAGUAAAAAUACAACAGACAUUGAACAAGAUACAACAGUGAAAGAAUUGGAUAAAAAUGAAACUAAUGGUGUUUUGCUUUUGAGUGAAGAUUCUUGCAAUUCUGUUAAUUUGUUAAAUAACUUUAAUAUUGAAUCAAAUGUCACAGAUACAAAAAUAUCAAAAGAAACAAUUAGUUCAGAAAAAAAACCAUAUAAAAAUGAAAGUUUCAAUUUUGAUUUACCUCAUUCAUCUAAAGCUAGCUUUAACUAUAACUCCAGUGAACUCAAUACAACUGAACUUUUAGAUUAUAAAAGAAAUGCAGAGGAAGAAAGUAUUUCAGUAGAAGAUAUUGAUGAUAAAUGUUUGCAGUCUCCAUCUUGGUUAGUGGAUUAUAAAUCGGAUAAAUUAGUGACUCCCGAUGAUGAAACAAGUUACGAAGAUAACUUGGAAGCAACUUCGUCAGAUAAGGGAGCAUGGUGCGUUGUGUCUUAAUUCUCAAAGAGAAAACGUUGACAUUUUAUAAAUUUAAACACAAAAUACAUGACAAUCAGAUGUAUAUUUUGUAUACAUGAUUUGCACAAAAUUGCAAUAAAAUACUUCUUAAGUUAAUAUUAAAAUAUGAGCUGUUGAUUUUGAAAGUGGGGCAAGUCCAUUUUGUUAAAAAAAUUAAAAAAAAGAGGAGAAACAAGUGUUGUGUUGUGUGAGGAGAAACAACCUCAAAGUUUACUAUUUGUAAAAUGUGAAGUAAAAAAAACACACUUUUUAAUUAAUUAGUAUCUAAAGAAAAACUAUUUUUUUCACAAAAUGAACUUGCCCCACUUUCAAAAUCAACCCUUCCUAUAUUAA